AUAGUAGCUAGAGAUAAGAAAUUGAAUCAAUGCAUACACAUGUACAAAGUCUUAUCAGUUGGUAAAUCAAAAUGGCGACUACUGUCCAAACAAUAGCGGGACUGUCCCUCCUGAUUCAUACCGUGUUGUUUACGUCUCUGAACCUGUAUCUCUACUUCCGGUCCCUGUCUCUCAGUCAGGAAUAUCAGCAGGAGACUGAGGUCCUAGAUCUACUGAUAGACAACUGUGAAACACGUAACAAGGAAUGGAGUCUGGAUCAAAUCCACGAUCUCCAAACUUUAUAUUCCACAAAAGAGGAUGUACACAUCAAAACCCAAAAAAGACAAUUGUCUCCCCUAGAAAUGAUGAUGGCAGACCUCCUUAAAGCUCAGGAAAAAGUUUUGGAGCAACACUGCAUCAAUAACACCAGGCUAUGUGUGCACGGUGCAAAAGGAGACAUUGGACUCUUUGGAUUAAAAGGUACCCCCGGGGAGAAGGGAGACCCUGGACAACAACCACAAAGAGGCCCGCCAGGUAUAUCCGGACGUAAAGGGGAAUCCGGAAUAAAAGGCGGAAAAGGAGCCGAAGGCCCCAUGGGCAAUAUUGGAAAGCUUGGCGAAAACGGUGAUACUGGUUUAAAGGGUCCAAAAGGAAACAAAGGUGAUACAGGAGUUAAAGGCUCCAGUGGAGAUCCGGGUACUUCCGGUGCAAAGGGCGAUUUAGGACCAUUCGGACUUCCGGGUGCUCAGGGAGACCCAGGGACAUCCGGAGAGAAGGGCGAUAUUGGAAAUAAGGGAUCCCAAGGGCUUCCAGGUGAUAAUGGUGACAUCGGUCCUAAAGGAAAUUCAGGAAAAGGACUUAAUCCAAAGUGUCUUUGUAAAGCUCCAAAGCAAACGAGUAACCUAAUUCAGAGCAGAAUUCUGGACAGAAUUAUGAUGGCGUGUCCGAUAGGCAAUGGUACAUUGGUCAAUGUUACAUGGUCGAAAGAAGGGUCUUCACAAGUUCCGGAGAGAAUGGUCCAAAAUGGAAACGAUCUCCUUGUACCGGAAGUGUAUCCAGGGGACGCUGGGAAAUACAGGUGCAGUGCGCAGGUAUUAGAUUCCAAUGGUACUACUGUAACAGUGCAGAGUAAUUUCGAAAUUAAAACACCAACAGGUGUGGACAGCCAUGACUGUGAUUUUGAGAAAGAUCUCUGUACAUGGACACAGAGCAAGGGAGAUAACUUUGACCUAUUACGUCAUCAAGGAUCUACCAUAACAGCCGUGACAGGUCCCGCCUCCGACCACACGAUAGGGGGAAACCCUGGUGGAUAUUAUUUAUUCCUGGAGUCAUCUGACCAACGAAAAGGAGACAAGGCCGUUCUGGUAUCCUCGGACUUUUUCAAUACCCAGCCUCAGUGUUUGACGUUUUGGUACCACAUGUUUGGCAGGGAUACAGCGUCUUUGAGAGUCAUUCUGCAAGGAAGUUCUAACAGCACGAUUUGGACAAAAUCUGGAGAUCAAGGAAACAGCUGGCAAAGAGCAGUUAUCGAAAUUCCUACGUCAGUAAAACGUCAUCAGGUACUGCUGGAGGUCACAGAGGGCGCUAGUUACCAUGGUGAUAUUGCUAUCGAUGACAUCAUUGUCUUAGAUGGACCUUGCAAUACAUUCAACAAAACACCACAAUGAAGUGACCUUGACAUUCGAGAACAUUUUUUGAAUUUACAUAUAUGUACAUGUA